CUGAUACCCAAAAUCACCCGGAAUAAAAUCUCGCCUGUUUAUUGGCUGUAAAACGUGUCCGUCAAAUCUGCUGUCUCCAAGGAGGACGAACUCAAACAUCAACAUUCCUCAGACAGUGGACUCCAAAUCACCGGAGCCAAGCCAUGUCGUUAUCCUUGGAGGAGUUGUGCGCCAUGGUGAAUGUCUCCUAUGAGGAGGUGAAAAAUAUACGCCUUAAUAAUGAACGACAUGACGACGAGGGAGUGCAGAAUAGCGCAGGAUUGUCCUGUUCCAGACAUUAGUGAAAGUGUGCAGAAUGAGAGGAACCAUGUUGUUCAUCCACAGAUCAGGCCUACAAUGGAAGCAGAAGGAGUGUCUGGCAGUGGUUCAGAGGAGGAAGAGUCUCAACAGCUGAAAAGGAAAAGAGGUCCAACAAAAUGGAAACGUAACAUUCAAAAAAGGAGGCGAAUGGAGGGGAAGUCGUACAGAGGAAAACAGAAAGAUGUGGGAGAAGUGACAAGAGCAGCACGUGUCAUGGGACAAGGAUGUGUGUCAGAGGCAUGCAAAAAGUCUGCUAAACGUUUCUGCCAUACCUUCAGUGAAGAGGACAGGCAGAGAAUCUUCCAACACUUUUGGCAGAAUAUGAAAUGGGAAGAGAGGAGGAUCUAUGUGGCGGGGCUAGUUGACCAUACUCCAGUGGCAAGGAAACGGUCCAUGAGUCAGGAUUCAAGACGAUUAUCAACACUUUCCUACCAUCUCCUUGUAGACGGUGAGAAGAGGAGGGUGUGCAAAAAAUUUUUUUUGUCAACUCUAGGGCUGGGAGAAUGGUCGGUUGCACAUUGGGUGCAGGCCAGCGAACCUGAGAAGAGUGGCAGCGAAACAGAUGUUGGGGAUGAAGCCCUGGCAGCUCUUCAGGCCUUUCUUAGGGACUUGCCGAAAGUGCCCUCUCAUUAUUGCCAAUCCUCAUCCUCAAAGUUAUUCUUAGAGCCCAUGUUCCAGUCCAUGUCAGAGUUACAUAGGGUUUACCAGCGUCACUGUGAGGAAGAGCUCCAGACAACGCCACUGUCCAGAGAAAUUCUUAUGGAUGAGUUCAACCAUCUCAAUCUAGCCUUAUACUGUCCAAAAAACAACCAGUGUGAUACCUGUUGCUCAAAUGAAGGCCAUGCGAAAGACGAAGCACAGCUAAACCACUGCCUAAUAAAAGAGGAGGCAUGUGAGGAAAAAGAAGAGGAAAACGCUACAGAUGAUGGGAAGAUGGUGCCUUGUAUGGAUCUGCAGACAUUUCUUCUUUUCCAAAAGCUGAAGGCAUCUUCCCUUUAUUAUAAGACCAAGCUGGCUUUACACAACCUUACUCUAUACAACAUGGCCAGUCAUAGUGGCACCUGUCAUGUAUGGCAUGAAGGAGAGGGAGGGUUGUCUGCAAAUGAAUUUGCCUCUAGCGUCUCAGAUUAUCUUCAGCAACAGCAGCAUGAUGAAGAAGCAGAGUAAUUUAUAUAUAUGAGCUUACACCAACACAUUACUCCUCCCCUCCACCUGAUAUCUUUAUGCCUUUGGCAGCCACAUUUCCUCUAAUGAUAUUGCCCCAUAUCUUUGGACAGUGGCCUGUCAGUGGACAGUCAGCUUGGUUUGUCAGGACCCUUUCAUAUUUUGCUGUCCACAGCAAAGAGGAAAAUGUUCUCCCAAUACACACCAAACUGCUCAUAAAGCAGCUGACACAGGCAGUGAAGCAAGACCAUGUCAAAACACAUACUGGAGGAAGUGGAGCAGUGUGUAGCAGUUUACUCAUGGCAUGAAGAUGUAGACCAGCUUCAUGAGCCAGCGGAGGAGGUUGUUCAUACAGAUAAAAACCGCUCUAACCCAUAGCUGCAUGCAGAUCAUGUGGUCAAUUCAAUUUCCAUUACUGUCACUAUACAUUUGUCAUAGUUCAUUUUUACAUUAUUUUCCAUCUUAAACAGACUGUUUUGUUACUGUGCCUUUAAGACUGAUUUAUGUAAAUGGUCUGUGUUCAGAUGAUCUCUACAAUAUGACUAUAGACAAACAACUCAAACCAGAUAUUCUGCUGUUUUCACUGGUGAAGCAAACAUUCUACCACUGCCAACGGAAACAGCAGCGCCUCACAGUGGUCAGCAGAAUGUUCCGUUAGGAAUUCAGUUUUUGUAGAAUGUUCUCUGUGUUGAUUUUUUUUUUGGAUGCCAAACCUCUUAUAGCUUAAUUCUGUGUGUGCCCAGUAUUAUACAAAAAAUUUAAAAGUGCAUUCACCAUAAAUAAUAAACACUGCUAAACUCUCCUCUGAUAAUCGAUUUUUACUGGUGGCACUGUCAUCAUGGCUGCAUAGCUGUGUGAUGCUGUUGGUUUUGUAUUGCCCUAAGGCAUGACACCAUGUUUUGUGUUUUUUUUUUCCCCCCUUUAUUGCCAGCAUUAGUUUUUAUACAUUGUCUGUAUGGUUUGGGGAGUGAGUGGUAUGUUUUGAUACUUUUCAACGUUCUUUUUUGUAAGUGAUAAAUUCAGUUUUCCAUUAAAUAGAUGCUUUAACGUGCUCAUAUGCAAUACGAGUCACUAUAGAAAAAUAGCCCACACUUCACCUGCUAGCUGACUGUCUUCUGGGGACACUCCUGAAAUGCAGGAGCUGCUAUUAAAUGUAUCCAAAAACAAUGUCUGAAAGGUGCAGAGAGGUAGGGUUUGAGAUGAAACCCUGAUCAAACAUGAAAUUAGAUGGAAAUGAAGACAAAAAAGAAAAAAGAAAAAAAAAAAAAGUCUGGUAAUGAAGUGUCAUCCAGAAACGUA